AUGCUGUCGUCAAUUCCGGUCAUUGUUCUAAUUGGUCACGCGACAACAGAUAAUCUAGACUACGACGAUCUGAAGCGUCUCAUCAAGCUUCACACAACUCAAGGCUCAACCCGUCCUCGGCCCAUUUCCUACGGUUCCAUUAAGGCUACAGAGGCACAACAAUUUGAAGAGCGAUUUUUCGAUGAGUUGAAAUUGCAGCACGAAAGAAUCAAUGACUUUCUGCAAGUCAAAGUGGGAGAACUCGCGAGGCGGCUAAUCGACCUUGAAAAGGAGGCAUCUAGACUCAAAGGGUCAGCAAACAAUUUGGCUACACUUGUGCCAGGCAAAUCGAGAUCUAAAGCCUCGAAACUAGAAGUAAACAUCGAAAAAGCUGGAACAGACAUACAACGGCUUUCUCGAUUCGUCAAUGCAAAUACUUUGGCUUUCAGGAAACUUUUCAAAAAAUAUAGGAAAUGGACAGGAUCAAGAACAUUGGGGGACCGAUUUGUCGCGCUUAUAUUUGACCCGCCGACGAGCCUUUUCAACCAGGACUUCGAACCACUGUUCCUUCGAUACACCGCCAUCAUAGGAAUCUUACGGGGGUCACCUGCGAUCCUUCUUCAAAAUACGCAAUCAGAUUCACGAUACAAGAAGAUAUCAAACUCGGUGGGGAAGAGGUCACCAGCUGAGACUUUAGGUGCUACUACGCUACAUGAAGCGAGCCAAAAUCACGAUCCAUUGGUUCUUGACAUAUCACUGGCAACAACACCAUUAUCUAGCCGAACCACAAAGGCCGCUUAUUGGAUACACAGAGACAACUUGAUCAAUGCCGAGAUUUUUCUUCUUCGACAUUUGUCGCACCGGUCAGCGACUAGAUACCAGUCGCCUAACCGAAAAAGUCCAGCCUCGUCCCAUUCGUCGCUGCAGCAUACGUCUACUGAUUCCCCGAACUACGGCUUUGUUAUAUGUGACGAUUCAAUGAGGUUUGCCAAGCGCCAGAGUGGUGAGACCGUGGAUGACAUCGAAAACCAAAUAGGGCAAGCAUCUCAAAAAGCUGCAGCGAGCAUUCGCUUCUCGAGGGCUUCUGAAGCUGUUCUGGCAAUUCAAGAUGGGCAUACUUUCUUUCAAGAAGAGAUGCAAAAAAAAGCCGUGCGUACUCUCUGGAAUUCUACAACGCCGGAGUCAGGUUCAUCAGAGGAUGACAGUCCGUCGUCGAAUUUGAGGCAAUGGAUAUCAAACAAUCCCAAAGUAGAACCCUUGGUCAAGGUAUCCAGCCAUCGCACUCAAUUCCUUGGUCUUGAUAACUCAGCAUGCGAGGGUGUCUGGGUGACGCUCGACAAUGCUGUCACGUUGAUAAGUUGUUCUCGACAGUCUCUAGUGACGGAUAAAUCUACAUUGGAACUCGGUAAGGAUAGCCUAGCAGAUGUGCAGCAAUUCCCCCACGCAAUUCUGGAGAUACGUAUUGAGGGGACUUGCUAUGCUGGUCUCACCGAAGCCCUCGACCGGUCGCACUUAGUAAGAACACCCGCCUGUAUUUUUAAGGACGAAUUUCUAAGUGGUGACCAGGUUGAGCGAGUUCGUGGGUUUUCCCUGGAGACUCAUGCCGUCGCAGCGACCUGUAAGCCUUACGGGCUACCUUCCCCUUAUUGGCUUUCCGCGCUUGAUAGAGACAUUCGUAAAGUUCCCACGGAGUCGAGUGGGCGAUUAACUAAAAGCACGGCUUUUCUUAAUGAACCGAUUUCGGCUCAUUCAUCCACUUCAGCGCAUUCCACCCGUAAUGGACAGUUAAGUAGUGGUUUUUCCACCACGCGAGGUGAGUCAUCUGCGACCUCUGCUCCAGAAGCGGAAACGGUAGAGAUUUUCAAGGCACCUCAAGCAUCACCCCCCUUUGCAAAGAGUCCGCGGCGGCUCAAGCGAAGGCAGAGAUCUUCGCAAUCAAAUGGCAAACCAGCACCGCAACGAUACUGGAAUGAAUUUGAUGAUGGUUCGGAAGACGAGCAGGAUGACGUUUUCUACAUCAAUGUGGACCCUGAGACAGCGAACCGGUUGCCGGGAAAGAAUCGCAUACAUGAGUUGUAUCGCAGAGUGCUUAACAUGACCACGAGUAAAAUGCCAACGGAACCUUACACGAAGACUUUCAAAGGCGCUGAAAGAGACCUCCUAGUAUCGAGCGGAGACAACUCUGAUGUGUCCGAAGACGAAACGUCAACCAUUCGUCCUUACAGACGCAACUAUUCCACUUUCACUGAUCAGUCAAAGAAUUGGUCAGAUCCCGCACGGGAAAGGGUUCUCUCCUACAGCUGCGCAUCCUCGUUCAGCGCGUCAAUUGUCCUUCUCAUUGUAGCUGGAUUUUUGCUAUCUGCUGGACGAAAGAAGGCGGAGUUCCAAGUUGAUGUUGGUGUUGUUAUAGCUGUGAUUGCAGCCUUCGUCUUUAGUAUCACAGGCAUUGGAUGUAUGGUCGCUAAGCAAACCAAUCUAGGCUGGCCCUAUCGAACAGCAGUCAUGUUGGGCGCCUUUGGUAGGACUGGCGCUAUUGGUAACUACAACCAACCGUUCACCGUAAGAAGUUGGGCAUGUAUUCAUGGAAUUGAGUGA